AAGUACAAUUUAAAUGGAGAUGAGGAGGAGGAGGUGGCGGAGAGGUUAGUGAGAGAGGGAGAUAAUGUUGUAGUAUCAUGUAUCCCACCAACUCAGAUGCCGUAGAGGCGGUUGAGCUCUACGAAGCAAGCUCUUUAAGUGAAGCUGGAAGGAUGGUCAUUCCCAAGAAGCCACAAAAGAAGUCAAAGACUUUUGCAACUACUGCAAGUCAAGGGGUGGCUAGAGGCAAAGAAAAGGGGCAAUCUUCUAGUGCUUCAAAGAGAGUGAGGGUGGAGGAGCAUGAGGUUAAAGGGGACGAAGUGGUGGAGUUUGUACCUUAUCCUCCCCCUGUUGAGCUUGAUCCUAAACUCAAGGAGGUUGGGGUUAUAACCCAUGAAAAAGGGAAGUCCCUUAUUCCUACUCCUCCGCGGCAAGGUGGCUUGUUCGAUAUAAAGAGCAUGACAGCUGCGAAAAGGUUUAUAAACUCAACGUUCCUUGAGGUGGAUCACCGCCUAGCUUGGGAAGAGGUGUUAAGCCACGAUGGGGUUGCAAGCUUGGUAAAUGCUCUGUCACAAGAGUUUUUUGAAACCUUCAAGGAGCGUAACAUUUUGGUGAAUGAGAGCGAGGAACUUGGGAAGAAGAAGGAAGAGGUGGAGAAGGAUUUGGUAGAGGUCAUGCUAGAACUUACGUGGCUUCAGGAAGAGAAUGAUGCAUUGAAGACGAAGCUCACAUUUAAGGAGAGAAAAAGAAGAAUAUGUGAAGAGAAGAUAGAAGCGCAGGAGAAAGAGAGUGGGGGAAUGAAGAAGGCUGCUACCAAGCUAAAAAAAAACAUGAAUUUUCUGGUGCACAACGCAAUGGAGGAUCACAUUGUUGAGUUCCUGAGGAGCAAGAAGGAGGGGGUGCAGGAAGAUGGAGAGAGUAUGAUGGCUGACUUUCGUCCUGAAGUCGAGUUGAAAUGGGACCAUGACCAUGAAGGCUAUACCAUAUUUCCUCCUAACUUCGACUUCAAGUUUGUUGCAGUUGAGGAAGAACCAGAGGUCAGAAGUGCUGAGGUUGGGGGUGCUAAAGUUGGAGAGAAUAAGCUAGAGGUCAGAAGUGCUGAAGUUGGAGAGAAUAAGCUAGAGGUCAGAAGUGCUGAAAUCAAUCAGCAACCUUUAUUCGAAGUGAACUAGCCACCUCUAUCAGUAUAGUAGCUAUUCUUCAUUUUCAUGAUUUCUUUCUUCUGUUUUGAUUUUUGGAUAUUGUAUUUGGUUUGUUUGAAAUGUUUUUGUAAUAUUCAUUAAAAAUUUAAUUAUAUA